UGACUUCUUAUUAUAUAUUCCCAGAGAGUUUGUGAAGAAGGAUCUCUAUGAAGGAAAAAAAAUGGCCAAAAGAAAGCAAAAUCUUGUGCAUUGCUGCAAUCUGUUUUCAGUUCUUUUUCUUCUUGCAGAAGUAAUACAUUUUCCAGUGUGUGUUGAGGCUACAGGUUCACCUGUUAAGUUUCUUCCAGGCUUUCAAGGACCACUUCCUUUUGAACUUGAAACUGGGUACAUAGGAGUGGGUGAUUCAGAUGAUGUUCAACUAUUCUACUACUUCAUUAAGUCUGAGUCUAAUCCAAAAUCAGACCCUCUUAUUUUAUGGCUAACUGGAGGCCCUAGCUGCUCUGCUUUAUCUAGCCUUCUCUUUGAGAUAGGUCCAAUAACGUUUGAGCCUGUGGAGUAUGGUGAUUUUAAGCCAGCGGAAUAUAAUGGUAGCUUCCCCUCACUGGUCUUGAAUCCUCAUACAUGGACAAAGGUGGCAAGCUUUAUAUUCUUAGAUCUUCCAGUUGGUACUGGAUUUUCCUAUGCAAGAACUUCAGAGGCUCGUCAAUCAGAUGAUCUACAAGCUAGUGAUCAUGCAUAUCAAUUUCUACGCAAGUGGUUCAAUGAUCACCCAGAAUUCUUAAGAAAUUCAUUUUAUGUGGCUGGGGACUCCUAUUCGGGAAUAAGUAUACCAAUCAUUUCUCAACUCAUAGCAAACGGAAAUGAGAAGGGACUUGAGCCAUUUAUUGAUCUUAAGGGAUAUUUACUGGGAAAUCCGGCUACAUUUCAUGGUGAAUACAAUUACAGGAUCUCAUAUGCUCAUGGAGUGGGACUUAUUUCUGAUGAACUUUUUGAGUCCUUGAAGAGAAACUGUGAAGGAGAGUAUUUCGAUAUACAUCCUAGCAACACAAAAUGUUGGAAUGAUAGGCAGACAUAUGAUCAGAUGCUUGGUGGAAUUACCAAUGCGCACAGUUUGGAGCCCAAGUGUGAGUUUGCUUCACCAAGGCCACAAAAAUGGAUAGGCCAAAGAAGGUCUCUUGAUGAAAUGCUAUAUAUUGGACGACUGAGAUGUCGAUUUGACUGGGAAAAGAUCUCUUACCAUUGGGCUGAUGAUGACAAAGUUAGAGAGGCACUCCAUGUUCGAAGAGGCAGUAUUGGUAAAUGGAAGCGAUGUGCUGGGGAUGAUUUGCCUUACCAAAAGAUAAUAGGAAACAGCAUUCCAUAUCAUGCAAAUCUCAGUGUCAAAGGUUAUAGGUCCUUAAUAUACAGUGGAGAUCAUGACACGAUGAUCCCUUACACAUCAACCGAAGCUUGGAUAAGAUCUCUUAACUACUCUAUUGUUGAUGAUUGGCGACCAUGGAUUGUUGAUGGUCAAGUUGCCGGGUAUACAAGGACAUAUUCAAAUAAAAUGACAUUUGCCACAGUGAAGGGAGGAGGACAUACAGCUCCAGAGUACAAGCCUGUUGAAUGUCUUGCCAUGCUGAGGAGAUGUAGAAAAUUGCUAUUGCCCGGUUUUUUUCUUACUUCUUAUCAAUUCCAACCUUUCUUUGCUAUUUUUUUUUCAGCAAAUGCUAAAGUUUGCUCAACAACUGUUGAAGUUAUUGUAGCAACUGUUGAAGUUUUUUCAACGGCUGCUCAAAAAGCAAUGGCCGAAGGAAAGAGAAGUCUUAUGCUUUGCUGCAAUCUGUUUUCAGUUCUGCUUCUUCUUCUUGCAGAAGUACUUCAUUUUCCAGAGUGUGUUGAGGCUGCAGGUUCACCUGUUAAGUUUCUUCCAGGAUUCCAAGGGCCACUUCCUUUUGAACUUGAAACUGGGUACAUAGGAGUGGGUGAUUCAAAUGAUGUGCAACUAUUCUACUACUUCAUUAAGUCUGAGUCUAAUCCAAAAUCAGACCCUCUUAUUUUAUGGCUAACUGGAGGCCCUGGCUGCUCUGCUUUAUCUGGCCUUCUCUUUGAGAUAGGUCCAAUAACAUUUGAGCCUGUCGAGUACGGUGCUUUUAAGCCAGCAGAAUAUAAUGGUAGCUUCCCCUCACUGGUCUUGAAUCCCCAUACAUGGACAAAGAUUGCAAGCUUUAUAUUCUUAGAUCUUCCAGUUGGUACUGGUUUUUCCUAUGCAAGAACUUCAGCGGCUCGCCAAUCAGAUGAUCUACAAGCUAGUGAUCAUGCAUAUCAAUUUCUUCAGAAGUGGUUCAAUGAUCACCCAGAAUUCUUAAGAAAUCCAUUUUAUGUGGCUGGGGACUCCUAUUCUGGAAUAUCCAUACCAAUCAUUUCUCAACUCAUAGCAAAUGGAAAUGAAAAGGGACUUGAGCCUUUUAUUAAUCUUAAGGGAUAUUUACUGGGAAAUCCAUCGACAUUUCAAGGUGAAUUCAACUACAGGAUCCCAUAUGCUCAUGGAAUGGGACUUAUUUCUGAUGAACUUUUUGAGUCCUUGAAGAGAAAUUGUAAAGGAGAGUAUUUUGAUAUACAUCUUAGCAACACACAAUGUUUGAAUGAUCGUCAGACUUAUGAUCAGAUGGUGGAAGGACUUGAACCUGGGCAAAUUUUGGAGCCCAACUGUGAGUUUGGUUCACCGAGGCCACAAAAAUGGUUUGGCGAAAGAAGGUCUCUAGAUGAGAUGCUAUAUGCUGGACGACUAAGAUGUCGAUUUGACUGGGAAAAGCUCUCCUACCAUUGGGCUGAUGAUGACAAAGUCAGAGAGGCCCUCCAUGUUCGAACAGGUAGUAUUGGAAAAUGGAAGCGAUGUGCUGAGGAUGAUUUGCCUUUCGAAAAGAUAGUACAUAGCAGCAUUCCAUAUCAUGCAAAUCUCAGUGUCAAAGGUUAUAGGUCCUUAAUAUACAGUGGUGAUCAUGACAUGAUGAUCCCUUAUAUAUCAACCAAAGCUUGGAUAAGAUCUCUUAACUACUCUAUUGUUGAUGAUUGGCGACCAUGGAUUGUUGAUAGUCAAGUUGCAGGGUAUACAAGAACAUAUUCAAAUAAAAUGACAUUUGCCACAGUGAAGGGAGGAGGACAUACAGCUCCAGAGUACAAGCCUGUUGAAUGUCUGGCCAUGCUGAGAAGAUGGUUAUCUUAUCAGCCUCUGUGAUCAAAAGUUGCUGAUAAAUAUCAAAUGUUGAAACUGAUAAGUAAUUACAUGUUUGGAUACAAGUGUUUAAAAGUUUGCUAAUACGCGAACAUGAAGACAGUUUCUUGGUUGAACAAGAGCAGGUCCAUAAUAUUACUAGUUUCUGAAAGCCAAAUUUUAAUAAGAGGCCUUAAUUUAUACAAUAAAG